UUUACGUAUUUGUCAUCAUCUUAGAUCUUAGCAAUAUUUUGAUUUUGCGUUGUUACAAAAGACUUUAAAAGUGUAUAAAUAUUGAAUUUAUAAUAAAAAAUGGCUCUUACAAAUGUCCUAUUGUUGAGCCAGAUUGCCGGUUAUGUUAUAGGCUUUAUUUUGUCUCUCUGUAUCAUUGUUCCUAUGAGCAUGCAUCAGGAUGAGUUUGGGGGUCACUGUCUAUUGUUCUCAAAAGGGGCAUGGCAGGAGGAAGACGGACAGCUGCUGGUGUCCUGGGCUUCUCAGGCGUACUGCAAUUACGUUAUUGCUAUUGGGGUACUCAUGUUCAUAGUCUGCCUUGUACAAAUAUAUAGACUAUCUAUAUUCAUGUACAAAGGACAAGACAGUUCUUUCCUGUCUGCUUUCAUUGAGGCUGUGGGUUGCAUGACACUUUGCGGGCUGGCCGUGUCUGCCGCAUGUCUUGUCACCCUUGGAUUUAUGAACUGGUGCAAGAUUAUCGUUGAGAGAUUUCCAAGUUGUGAGGAUGCAGCGGGACAGGACAUUGAUAAGAGAGAUAAAAUAUCUACCAAUGGUUUUUACAUUGAAAUGGGUACAGCUCAAUUUGGUGCAUGGGGUGCGUUUGCAACUUGGGUAGGCCUUGCAGUAUUUUCUACAUUAAAAGUGUGUCGCUACCACCAGCUGCAGAACAUUCAAGUCUCCAUGUACAGAGAACGGCAGCGUUUAGUCAACGAAAACGAAUCGCCCACGGCCGUAGAAGGCAGGUCCACACCUCCACUACAUUAAGUUUAUUGUAAGUGAUUUGAUACUCUCCACACAAAGAGUAAAAGCAUUUAUUAUUCAUUUUAUUUAAUACCAGCUAUUGCUCCCGAUUUCGUCCGUGUGUAAAAUUGUUAAAAGCAUAGCUUAUGUUACUCAGUGAUAACAUAGCUUUUUAAUCGUCAAAGAUUUGUUAUUAUUCCGCCCCAUAGUUUUUGAGUUUUCAUAAUACAUCUAAAAAUACAAAUCUUACCACUUUAUAAUAUCAAUGUAGAUGAUUGUUAGAUACAGUUUUUCUAAGUAAAAGAUGUCGUUACCCAUAUGUACAGUCAGCGACAUAAAUAUGUAACUAAAAUACACUUUUUGGUUCCCAUUUUCUUACCCAUGUAGGAAUGUAGUAAUAGCACUCAUAAAAUAGUGAUCUGAAGUAUAUAGAUGGACAUAGAAAUACAUAUUUUUGAAACUGAAAUAUACAAGUUUCUGAGGCGUAAAUGUAUACUUUAUGCAGCUGACUGUACUGAUGUGGAGGGUAAAAAGUAAACUUUAUUGUUGCUGUUCUAUUUAAAAUUAUAAAGUAUGUGAUAUUUAAUUUAUAUUUAAUACUAUUAUUUAAUGAUAUUUAUAAGUAAAUUUUUAUUGUAAUUCAGAUAAUGAAGUUGAGAUUGUAAUUUAAUUUUUAAAGUAAUAUAAUGAGUGUUUUGUACAAAAUAAAUUUAGAAUAUUGUCAGCUAUAGUAGAAAAGGCCCAUUCUAAUAUUGUUUGAUUCUAAUAUUGUAAUGGCCGAAUACUGAAUUGCUAAAGACUUCGGUUCGGCAGAUAUCAAAGUUUCAUUAGAAUUAGGAGAUUCAGCAAAGUCUUAUCAUUAACGACUCAUUAUCCCGUUCUUAUCCUAAUCCUGUAGGGUCGCAUUAGGUUUACGUCCUCCAAGUAAAUCUAUCUUCCGUCAUCUGUCAUCACGUCUCUCUUGAUCAUGUCACAUUUAAGAAAUAUUUGAAUGUCGUUUUAAUGUUCGGCGGAAAGUGAUAUUUCGAUGUUAAUUUCUUGUUGGCUUAUGUUUGUGUAAAAAAUAGAGUAAUAUUAGAUUUGUGAAUUUACAUCUUUUGAUAAAAGAUAAUUGGAUUCUAAUUUAUGGUAUAUCGAUAAUGAUUCCAUACAUUAAAAGUUUUCAUGUCAAUUUGUUUGAUAAUCUUUGUAAUAAGACAAUUAAAAUGUAAUAUAUUUGAUCUCAUGCCGGAACAUUUUAUCACAUAUUUUUUUAUUCAUUAAUGUAAAUAAUUCAAUAUAACUGUAGAAAGCGACA